CAGUGGCAACAGGAAUUCAAGUCUCCAUGUUUUAUGCAGUUGCGCGAAGUGUUGUUGUAGGUGCUGUUAAAGCUACAUCUCGUUUUGAGGCACAGCUAAAUUUGAUCCAAGAACAAAAGAAGCAUUUGUUAAAAAAGUCUAAUUUUCGUUUACUAUCGUUCAAAGCGGUUGCUGCAAUGGAAGAGCACGGCGUUGUGCCUGAUGUAGUUGAUACUGUGCCCCAGUAUACCGCAGAGAUUCGAUACGGUGAUAAUGUAGUGUCUAUGGGAAAUGAACUGACACCUACUCAAGUGAAAGAUCCUCCUACACAUAUUAGCUAUCCAACAGAAAAGGGUGGACUGUACACAUUGUGUAUGACUGAUCCUGAUGCUCCAAGCCGUCAAAAUCCCAAGUAUCGUGAAUGGCAUCAUUGGCUUAUUGUAAACAUCCCUGAGACUGAUGUUAGUUCUGGCACUGUCUUAUCUGAAUAUGUUGGCUCAGGGCCUCCUAAAGGAACUGGUCUGCAUCGGUAUGUUUUUUUACUUUACAAGCAACCUGGUAAACUGAAUUGCGAUGAGAAGCGAUUGCCUAAUACAUCUGGUGAUCAUCGAGGGAAUUUUAAAAUUCAGAAUUUUGCCAAAAAGUAUAACUUAGGCCAACCUAUUGCUGGAAAUUUCUACCAGGCAAAGUGGGAUGACUAUGUACCGAAACUAUAUGAACAACUUGCUGGUGGAAAUUAAAAAGAGGUUUUUCAAUGAAUAACGCAAUCAUUUACCUUAUUUUCCAAUUUGCUGGAUUGAAUUCAUAAUGUAAAGUGGUGAUAAUAAAUGUAAAUCUCUCAAAAUUUCAGUCAUGUAGGAUCAUAUUUUUUUGAUAAAUAAAAUUUAUCUUAAAAUUAGGAA